UGGGCGAACGUAUUUGCGUGCGCGUGUCCGUCUCCUGCCUCGCCGCGCCUUGUCUUGUCUCGCCGCCGUGACGUAGAUCUUGCAAGGCCGUGGAGCUGCACGAAGAGGAAGCGUAGCGGGGCUGACUUCUUUCGAAGGUUUCUGUUGUAAACACUUGGACCGUCUUGGGUCUUUGCACUUAAUCCGCAUCUUCGGUGGCCUGCAAUCGGUUUUAACCAACUACACUCCAUUAUUGGAUACGCAUGUUCAGUGACCUUUUUGGCAUUGUUAUCAGUUGGAAUUGCGUAAUAAAUCUGAAGUAUCGACGACUUGUCUGAUGGUUUUCUUUUUCUUCAUCUCAGGCUUUUCUGUUUGCUGAAUUAUGUUGAAGUCUUCCCCACUGGAUUACUUGUUUUGAAUAAGGAGUUUGCGUCUUGGCUGGACUCACUUUUGCUGUUUUUUUUUAAACAACAAAGGCUGUUUAAAUUUUAAUUUCUUUUGGAAUGCACCAGUCGUGAAACAGUGAGGCUGUCUGUACUUCUUCGCUUUUAAUGUAUUACAUUUUUUAAAGAAGUGUUUAUUUGUUUCGGGAACGGACCACGAUGAGUACUAGCAAUCCAAACAGCACUUAUGCAAGCCGUAAGAGGCGAAAGCCAGUUCAGAAAAGUUUAAAACCACCGCCACCUGAAGGAACCAAGUCAAAUCCAUCCAAAAGACAUCGUGAUAGGCUAAACGCUGAGCUAGAGAGACUUGCUAGCCUCCUUCCUUUUCCUCAGGAUGUUAUUUCCAAACUUGAUAAACUUUCUGUACUACGAUUGAGUGUUAGUUACCUGAGAGCUAAAAACUUCUUCAAUGUUUCUCUAGAAUCAAGCUACAAAGUGCGUGGUGGAAAUGGGCUUCAUGGCAUUUUGAAGCAACCAGGAGAGGAUCUUUUGGAAGGAGAACUUUUGUUACAGGUCUUGAAUGGCUUUGUUCUGGUCAUCACUUGUGAUGGUUCAAUAUUUUAUGUUUCUUCAACUAUUCAGGAUUACCUUGGAUUUCAUCAGUCAGAUGUUAUUCAUCAGAGUGUCUAUGAUCUUAUUCAUACAGAAGAUAGAUCAGAAUUUCAACAUCAGCUUCACUGGGCACUUAAUCCAACCCCAUCUGCUGAUACAGGAGAUAUUGUUCCAGCUGCAGACAGUGGAUUUAUUCAGUCAGUAAUGUACUAUAACCCAGAGCAGCUUCCUCCAGAAAAUUCUCCAUUUUUGGAAAGAAAUUUUGUCUGCAGGCUAAGAUGUCUCCUGGACAACUCUUCAGGUUUUCUUGCCAUGAAUUUUCAGGGACGUUUGAAGUUUUUGCACGGACAAAACCGAAAGGCGAAAGAUGGUUCAGUCAUUCCUCCCCAGCUGGCACUAUUUGCUGUUGCAACACCUCUUCAACCUCCAUCUAUUCUUGAAAUUAGGACUAAAAACUUCAUUUUCCGUACAAAACACAAGCUUGACUUUACCCCUACUGGAUGUGAUGCAAAGGGAAGAAUUGUAUUGGGAUACACCGAUGCAGAACUGUGUUACCGUGGAACUGGUUACCAGUUCAUUCAUGCAGCUGAUAUGCUAUAUUGUGCAGAAAAUCACAUAAGAAUGAUCAAAACUGGGGAAAGUGGAAUGACAGUUUUUAGACUCUUGACCAAAAAGAAUCGAUGGGCUUGGGUUCAGGCUAAUGCUCGUUUGGUGUACAAACAUGGAAGACCAGAAUAUAUUAUUGCUACACAGAGAGCUCUUUCAGAUGAAGAAGGCUUAGAACACUUUCGGAAACGUAAUUUGAAAUUGCCUUUUAGUUUUGCAACUGGAGAGGCUGUUUUAUAUGAAGCAACUUUUCCAACCCCAGUGGCAGAUCCAAUGCCCCUUAAAGCUAAAGGGACAAUAGCAGAAUGUUCUUCGAAUAAACCAUCAGAGCAAGAAUCAUUGGAUCCAAAUUCACUUCUUGGUGCUAUGUUGAAACAAGAUGAGUCAGUUUAUGUCUGUCCUCCAGCACCAAAUAAAUUUGUUGUUGAAACCAGCUUCUUUAAUGAUAGUACACAAGAUCUGAAUGACAUUUUGUUCAAGAACUGGGAUGAUAUUUUGCCCUCUGGACAAAAUGACAGUGAGAUGCAGGAUCAAAAUCCUGACACUUCAGAUAGCAAGAACAAUGAAUUGUUGUGCUUUAUGAAAAACCUAGGAAUCACAUCAGAAGAUCUAGAACUUAUUCAACAAGAUGAAGAGUUCAUGCAAAUUGACUGGGAUGAGACUGGAGAUAUCACAGAAGUGGCAGAUGAAAUACUUUCCUAUGUUCAAGCAUCCUUAAAUAAGAAAUCAGACUGCAUGUUUUCCCCUUAUUUAGAGCAAAAGCUGGCAUCUCCUAAUUCAAGCUGCAUGAUGCAGCAUCUUCAGCAUCAGGAACAGCAGAGACAUCAUCAGCAACAGCUUUGUCAAAAAAUAAAACAAAUGCAAGUUAAUGGUGUAUACACAGACUGGACCUCUAGUAAUAUAAUGCAAAACUAUGACCAUCCAAAUCAUCAACAGCAACAGUAUGCAUAUAUAAAUGAACAAGUCACUGCCCAGAAUUUUGACUAUAAAACAGAACUAAACCAACUGCAAGCUACAUGCAGUCAAACAUUUUUGCCUUACAGUUCAGGGGCACCACAGAUGUCUCAACCACCACCUCUUACACAUAUAGACUAUCCAGUUAAAAAUUUUAACAAUGACGGAUUGAACGAUUUCCUACAGGCUGUGCAACAGGGUCCAGGACCUCAGGAUUGUGGAUUAAGUUCAUCAAAGAAUGGGAUACCUUCACAGACAUCAUACACAGGGGCUAUGUCUAUGUAUCAGUAUAUACCAGAUGUGCCGCCUGGUUGUAUAAAUGACAUAAAUCAGAUGCCGUUUAACCCACUAACAUCAGGGCAGCAGCCCUUCUUGUCAGCGUUUCAGAAUGGAAUUGAAGGUCAGAAUAAUGAGAUUUACUCAAAAUCCUUUGGCAUAUUGGACGGCAGCGUUCCACCUCAGCCACUUAACCAUCAUCACCAGAUUGAUGGGAGAUCUUAUCCAGAUGCAACAUCCAGUGGAUACUUAUAAUUUAGAAAUAUCCCAGUCUCUGACAGGGUUUGACGUUUGCUGCUUCUGGGGAUCAGCUUAUUGUGAGAAGGUUGCAUAAAAGCAAAUAAGUUGAUAUUCCAAAGAUAGGAGAUUGCAGGUGGUGUGCACUGUGCAGGAUUUCAAUCCAUUAUUUCUUAUUUUGCUUUCUUGCACUGUGAGUGCAUAUCUUGUCAUUAUGUUUUGCUUUAUAUGUUAUUUUAAGAAAAUAUUUUUUGUUUUGUACAUUUUUUUAUUAUUUUUAAGUGUUGUUAUUGAAUGUUUGUUCUUUUACCUUUAUACAUUUUCUUUUGUUGAAUUUUAGAACAUGAGAAACAUGUUUUAUCAAAUGAGUUUAAAUAUUGCACUAAGUUAAAAAAUCUGACCCUCAGUAAUUGUUAUGCACUAUAAAUUCACCCACUUUUUAGGUUACUGUAAUAAAGCAAAAACAUUUUUCCUCUAUGUGCCAUUUUUUUAUAAUAAGAAAAGUAGGUUUUAAUUUUUCACAAUGAGACACAAGCACUUACUUUUACCACUAACAGCAUCAUUGAUUUAUAUCUUAAAAUCUGAGUACAUUAAAAUGACUAUAAAAUGAUAAUGUGAUGUUCAACAUCCCGUGAACAUUUUUUUGCUUCAUCCUCUUACUCUUGUAGGUAUUGCUGCAAAUAAAUAUGGCUACAGUUCUUUUAGCAGUAUUCUUAGCAAUUUUUAUACUACAUUUCUCUUAACUAUCACAGCAAUAUUAUAAGCAUAAAAUAUAUUUUCACUUUUCAAAGGCAAUAUUAAUGGAUUUGUUUCAGGGUCCUUUAACAGGUCCCUUAUGUUCAUUUUGUAGAACAUUGGGUAUCAGAGUGGCAUCUUAACAAUGUAGAGUGAUGUUUUUUGUCUUUUUUAUUUUGCAUAGGUGUUGUCUUUGUUUUGUGUCAUUUAUGCAUAAUGCAUAAUGAUAAUGUAUUUUUUUAUCUUUUGAUUUGAUUUUUAUGCUGUUCUAAACAGCUAAUUCUAUGCAACUAUAUUAGUGCUUUGGUUAAGAAAGCACUUACUACACCGUUUAAAAUAAACGUUUAAAUAAUCUUUUAGUGUGUCUGCUUUUACAAAAAUUAAUAGCAAGCAGAAUAAUUGUGAGUGUAAUUACUGCAAAUUAAAUAACUUCAAAAGUUUUAGCACUUUUUUCUUAAAAAAUCAAUUGUACCUUUGCUAUUGCACUCUUACUAGAAAAGUAAAGUAACAAUAAUCUAUUAACUAAGAUUUUUAAUUAAGUAAGCCUCCCUUACCAUUUAUGGUUGUUGAAAGGCAUUGGUUUAUUCUGUACAUUUAGAAAAUGUAACUCAUAAUUGUUUUGUUCUUUCAAUUUCAACACUUAGUUGUAUUUAUUAUGCAAUUUUAAUUAUCAUUUUACUCUUUUUUCAUAGAUUUAAUCACAAUGCUUUGUCUGCCACAAAAUGUUUUAUGUCAUUGUCCAUUUUCAAUUGUUUUGUUUUGUGUAAAAUAUAAUUUAUAUGUAAUUAUCUUUUUGUUUUGGGAAAACAGUGUUUUUUCUCAAUAUAAAUGCAUUUAAGUAAAGCUCUUGUAAACUCGGUUGUAGCAUAAAAUACAUGUAAGUAUUUUUAAAUACACAUUGCUUUGUUUGAUUUGCCUGUUUAAUAUGAUUAGUCAAAUUGUAUUAGUAAAAAUGUAAUUUCCCCUAUACCCUGAUAACCAACUGUAUUGGAUGAUAUGAAAAGAAUUUGUGUUGUAUUGUUGUUGGAGAGGGACUGGUGUUUAUGGACAGAUUUAAUAUUACCAUGUGCAGUCAUGGUAAGCAGGAUAUUAACAUCAUAUGUGUUUUCACAAAAAUGGUUAUUUUCUUCAUAGGACUGGAAAAUUGAGCUUUCAGUUUAAUUGAAGCCUAUUAUUUAUGGCUUGCACAUCUGUUUGUUUUGUCUACAUUCAGAGAAAGAUAUCCUUUGCUGUGAACCUUGUCAGUAGUGCUAGGAGGUAUUGUGUAUGUUUGUGCAGAAGACAUCAAUAAGAUAUUUGAAUGUGCACAAUAAGGUUUUCUUAUUUUAAUGUGUUUCAAAAUUAUAGAAAAACCAAGGCAGAGGCACAGAUUUUAUUUAUUUCAGCUGCCUGUAGACAGAUAUCUUUUAAGGUACAUUGGCUGAUCCAUACACUUCAAACUUUAUUUUUACACAAAAUCUUUUAAAAAGAGUGUAUAUUCAAUUAUAUUUUUAUUUUAGGGAAAUGUACAACUAUUAUUGCAACUCAUGUAGCAAAAGAAAUAGGCAUUUAGAUUUGUUUUCAGUCCCAAAGAAUUAUGGUUGCUUUUCUUUGGGUUCUGCUAUUCUUUAUCCUUUACGUAUAUUUUAAUUGUUAAAGGACUAAAGACAAUCAUUCCCACACCUGCUUUAGAGUUAGGAAGAAAAUCUAAAUGCAGUUUGUUUAGGGUGAUAUAUAUACUAUAAAAGAAUAUAUUUUAAAUAACCUAAUAAAAUAGAACUAUUAACCAAAAAGGUUCUAAAGGAUAUCUUUAAAAAAAAAAAAGCAAUUGCUUUGGAUAAUCAGACUUUCUAAGCCAAAUACCUAUUGUGUGUAUCACAAAGUGCCAAGUAAUCAGUGCUGCAAUUCUUGUUGUUUUAAUAGCUCAUCUUGUACUGUAAACAUACAGACAAGUUUUCUGUUUAUGUUUUUUUUUCUUUUUCUUUUUUGCAAUAGUUGAGCCUGUUUAGAACACAUUACAUAUUUAAAUAUGUAUUUUAAAGCACUGUUGAUAAUGUUAACGUUCGUCUAGUGUCUGAAGUGCAUGAGCUUACAUUAAUUUUGCUCUCCCUGUUGUAAAGUAAACUUAGUGUACACAGUGUUACUGCAAUGACAUGUUUUCUAUUUUUUUUUUUUUACCUUUUUGUUUUGCUUAAGACUUAUAUAUAAAUAUACUUUCAGUCACUGAUUAUCAGUGCUUUACACAUUAUGCCCAAUUCUUUUGUGGUAUCACCUUCAGUGAAAUGUGUAAAAUAUAAUAUAUUGUAAUAAAUCAUCACUGAAUGUAA